AUGGCCGAUAUCCUCACUUUGCGAUCACGCAGCCCUGCACCGCGUCUAAACGGUUCCAGGCAUCAAAAUCAACGCCAUAUGCAGAACAGUCACGGCUCAGAAGACGAUGGCGAAGGCGAAUCUGAAGAAGACGCAGGAGACCUGCCGCCCAACGCGCACAACAACGAACGUCCUCACACCGCUCCUCGUCGACUGGCUGGGCCAAAUGGUUCCGCAGCUCUAAACCGCACCUCUACGGGCUUUCCUGAACGAGAAAGCAGGAAUGUAAGCAGAAAUACGAGUCCAACGCCAGGAGCCGCCACCACGGCCGGCAAUGGAGGGCGUCCAGCUCUUGUGAGAGCAAAGAGUGAUUUUGGUCCGAGAAGGGAAGAGUCGCAGAGCAAAAUAUUGGGUCUAAGCGACGAGAGCGAGAGCGGGAGAGAGGGGGAGUGGGGAUUAAGGCACGGCUUUGAGACACAACUGGAGAGCGAGGAGUACAAUCGGCUACUUGAAUCGAAUUAUUUUAUGUAUUUCACAGACAAAAAGCACGAUACGGGUGGCAAUCCAAAGGAUCCAAAGCAAGUGUAUGCCCUGGAUGACUGGCGCAUGCGCGACCGGCUAAAGACUGUCUCUGCCGUUUUGGCACUUUGUCUAAACAUCGGCGUCGAUCCACCUGAUGUCAUCAAGACGAGCCCAUGCGCCAAAUUAGAGUGCUGGGUUGACCCCUCAAAUGCAGGAGGCGUCACUUCGAACGCGCCUAUAAACAACAUAGGCAAAGCACUCCAGUCGCAAUACGAGCAGCUUAGCAUGCGCACCCGAUACAAGCUCAGUCUCGACCCAACCGUGGACGAGACACGCCGAUACACGUCGACGCUGAGAAGAAACGCGCGUAAUGAGCGCGUGCUUUUCCACUACAAUGGCCAUGGCGUGCCCAAACCUACUUCCUCGGGCGAGAUCUGGGUCUUUAAUCGGACCUACACGCAAUAUAUACCCAUUUCGCUGUACGACUUGCAGUCUUGGAUCGGGGCACCCUCUCUCUUUGUCUGGGACUGCUCUGAUGCUGGACUUAUCAUCCAGAAUUUCCUCAAGUGCGUCAAGAAGCACAAGGCUGAGGAUGAGGAGACGCUUCGGCAGCAACCUAACGCCGAAAUCACAGACUACUCUGACUGCGUGCACCUCGCUGCCUGUCGCGACAAGGAGAAUCUACCGACCAAUCCGGCUCUUCCCGCUGAUGUCUUUACAUCGUGCUUAACGACGCCGAUUGAAAUGGCAGUCAGGUUUUUUAUCCUGCAGAACCCGCUACCGAGCAACAUCGGCGUGGAGGCAGCAAGAGAGAUUCCCGGGCGGGUCAGUGAGAGGAGAACACCGCUUGGAGAGCUGAACUGGAUCUUUACAGCAAUCACGGAUACUAUUGCUUGGAGCACGCUGGAUAAAAAGUUAUUCAAGCGACUGUUCAGGCAGGAUCUGAUGGGCUCGACAGUAGCUGCAUUAUUCCGCAACUUCCUGCUCGCUCAGCGAGUUAUGCGAGUUUACCAUUGCCAUCCGGUUUCUGAGCCGUCCUUCCCGUCGACUCAUGAUCACCCGCUUUGGCAGUCCUGGGAUCUCGCCGUUGAAUCCAUCCUUUCACAGCUUCCGGAUUUGCAAGCCGCUGAACGAGGGGAGAAAACGUACGAGUACCAGCACUCUAACUUUUUUGCUGAGCAGCUUACUGCGUUCGAGGUGUACCUUUCCCAAGGUGGCGUUGAUCAGAGGCCGCCCGAGCAGCUGCCUGUUGUUCUGCAGGUUCUUUUGUCGCAAGUACAUCGCCUCCGCGCACUUAUUCUGCUCAGCAAAUUCCUUGACCUUGGCCCAUGGGCUGUGCAAGCUGCACUCAGCAUUGGUAUCUUUCCUUAUGUGCUGAAACUUCUCCAGUCCCAAGCGAUGGAACUCAAACCUGUCAUGGUGUUCAUCUGGGCUCGGAUCCUUGCUUGUGAUCAGACGUGCCAGCAGGACCUUCUUAAAGACAACGGAUACCAGUAUUUUACCACUAUCAUGAACCCCAAUUCCGGUGUACCCGUCGGGAACGUUUCGGAGCAUAGGGCAAUGUGCGCCUUCAUCAUCGCCAUGUUUUGCAAGGAUUUUCCCCAGGGCCAGGUUGUGUGCAACACACAUGAGCUGAUCGACAGCUGCAUCGCACAUUUGCACAAUCUCGAGAAUCCGCUUUUGCGACAGUGGUCUUGCCUGUGCAUUUCGCGACUUUGGGCGGACUACCCGGACGGCAAGUGGACUGGCAUCCGCACACAGGCGUGGCAGAAACUUUGCGAGCUAGUUGUUGAUCCAGUGGCUGAGGUCCGAACCGCGAUGCUGUGCGCGCUAACCACGUUCUUGGGUGUACCGGAUAUUACGCCGACUGUGAGAGAAAUUGAGGAGAAUAUCGCAAGCGUCGUUCUGAUCAUGGCCUCGGAUGGCAAUUCUAUGGUCAGAAAGGAGCUACUGGUCUUCUACUCCGUGUUUGUCAACAGGUACAUGAAUCGGUUCAUUGUCGCGGCGUAUGAGCAACUUGUCGAAGAGCAUGGACAACUAAGCAAAGCAAAGUCCGAAGCAGAAACUGCUGUGGGCAACGUACGAUCGACAGCCAUGAGCAUCAAUGAGGAUGACGGUGUCUCAUCAAAUACAGUUUAUGCGGCUGUCUGGAAGCAGAUUUUAAUUAUGUCCGUGGAUCCUUUCCCAGAAGUCUCGCGCGACGCGUCCAUCAUCGUGGAUUGCGUAUUUACUGCACUAACAGACUCACCUCUCGGCGAACAGGCGCAGACCCUGAUGAAUUCUAUAGCCGCGCAGCAUGCCGGUCUGGCACCUUCAUUGCGGUCCUCCUUUGUAGAUCUGGCAAAUACGCCUAAUCCAUCACAGCCUACCACCCCACCGACUCCAACUAAGCAGGAAAGCUAUUUGACAGCCAGUUUAAAACGUACAGCCAGCGUGGCGGCGAGUUUGAAGAACUUUGCCUUCGGCACGAGCGGAGGGAGCAAUGAUUCGAGUCCUAAUGUCAAGAGUCCUGUGAGCGCGAAGGUGGUACCGAAUCUAGACGGAAGAGGUCCAUUAGCACGACAGCGAACGGGAGACUGGAACCUGCCACCUGACGUAAAGGACCAUCAUGCUUCGGCAGUUUACCCGACUCUUCCUCAACCUGAGCCGUCCUACUUCAAGGCUCGGAAAUUGAAAGAGGAGGUCCCAACAUUACCUCUUAAAUCGGGUUUCUUCGAUUGGUGUGCGGAGUAUUUCCGCGAGCCCCAGAUGAAGCCAUCCGAGGCAGAUGAGCCAGGUAGUGAGGACUACAAUCAACGGCUGUGGAGGCGAAAUAGGAAUGACCGUCUAAUCCACAAGACUCAGCCUCUCAAGGAGAUUGCGGGCACGAAUCCGUGGGACAAAGCCAAGGGCUUCUUCAACAAUGGCACUCAACCACAGAAGAUGGUUUUUCACCAAUUUGAGGACCAUCUCGUCGUCAGCGACGAUCGCGACGGUAUUUCUGUGUGGGACUGGAAGAAGCAGACACGUCUCAAUCGCUUCUCGAAUGGAAAUCCAGGAAGAAGUAGAAUCACAGAGAUAAGAUUGAUUAAUGAGGAUGACCAAGCUCUGCUUAUGACGGGCUCAUCCGAUGGCGUCAUCAAGAUCUUCAAAAACUAUGAGCAAGCAAGAAGUGUUGAGAUGGUGACUGCCUUCAGAGCAUUGACGGACCUUGAGCCCAGCACGAAGAAUGCAGGACUCGUCUUCGACUGGCAGCAAUCUCGUGGUCUCAUUCUCGUCGCUGGCGAUGUCCGCUCUAUUCGAGUGUGGAAUGCUGGUACGGAAAUCUGCACAACAGAUAUCAACGCGCGGUCCGGCUCCCCAAUAACGUCUCUCACAUCUGACCAAGUCGAAGGCCAUCUUUUUGUGGCAGGAUUUGGUGACGGUGCUCUACGUCUCUAUGAUCAGCGCCAGAAGCCUCAGACGGCAAUGGUACAAGUGUGGAAAGAGCACAAGAGCUGGAUAACGAAUGUGCAUCUCCAGAGAGGUGGACAACGUGAGCUUGUCUCGGCCUGCCGAAACGGCGAAGUCAAGUUCUGGGAUAUGCGCUGGGACAAGAGUUUCAGAACCGUGCGGGCGACAAAGGAUACACUUCGAACUCUCAGCGUUCAUGAGCAUGCUCCUGUCUUUGCUGUGGGCACGGACAGACACGUCGUUAAGAUUUUCAGCAUGAUGGGACUUGGCUCUACGUCUUCGGAGCUGGAAGCACAGGAACUAAAACAAGCACCGAUGACACCGCCCCCAACGCAGGUAUAUCACAUAUCAAACCACCGUCCGGGCUCGACUCUUGCUGCCGUUGCCGCGGCGAGAGCACAAGCCUCCUCACAUGGAGUACCUGGCAAGAAUGGACUGUUAAAUACAUUUGAGCCAUAUUCUGGGUUCUUGAAUCCGGGACGUGGUAGCCCAAUCAAUUGUACAGCAUUCCAUCCUCACCGCAUGAUGAUUGCUGGGGCGGCGUACGGUGAUACACAUAUUAAUAUAUAUGCAUGUAGUAAGGGGAGGGAUAAAUGGUUAGAUGAAGGCGAGGAGAAGAGAUAA